AUAAUGUGGUUGGUGAGUGGUGGUGACGGGUACAGCUGCCCGUACGGUCAGCAGUGCGGGUUCGAGCCCGCGCCACCCGGCCGCAGCCCGCCCUGCGCGCAGCCUGGCCUCACAUAUUGUCUGCACCCGGAGCCAUACCCGGAACACGUCAUCCACAAAUUGAUAGAAGCGGGACAGUACGACAUCCGGACACUCCUGUCGGAUGAGAGUCGAGACGAGUUCGACGCCAAGAAGAAGGGCAGCUACCCGUAUAGCUACGGGCCUAACUCACUGCCGCACGUCGACCAGAUCUCACUCGUGCACGAUCCCUUAACGACCACACAUCACCACAAAGACGUGCAUAAGUUUCAUGGACGAUACACUCCAGAUGCCUUCUCCGACAAGACUCCACUGCAACCGCCAUCGCCUGUUGACCCAACCCCUUACAACGUGUACCUGCCGUCCAACAACACGAAGUUUGCCUCCAAUGAUUACUUGUCAGGUGGCAACUACUGGAACCGCAAUCGCCAGUACGACUACACCAAGAAGGGCUUGAGGCAUCACACGUUGAUUCCGCACUCGCCGGGUUACACGCACGGCUUCCUGAACGAGCCUAACGUAUAUCCCGGAUACGAUGUGGAGUGGUUCCGCCAACCAGACUCUGAUAGCGUCAGUCAAUACAACCCUAAUGAAUGGUGGAAGUAUAUGUCGCCUGACCGGUCUGGGGGCGUGACGAUCCAACGAUCGAUAUCGUUUCCCUCACACACGACCACGGUGCGCCGGCGCCGGAAUGCCGAGCUGGUGCAGGCGGCCUCAAAGAAGAAGCUAACCGGCGCCGAGGCUCUCAGGAUAGCUCUAGGAUUGGCUAAUGAGGACAGCUCUGCUGAACGACCGAGGCGACAAGCGCAGGACAAUACACAAGAGUUGUGCCGAGUUAGGACGCAGUUCAUCACUCCCCGAGCGGCGCUCAACAACAAGGGUAACUGGCGAUACGUUGUCAACAUGGCAGAUAAUAUGACACAACUGGUGCGCGCUGAAAUUUGCGCGUCCACUGAGUGCAAUGGUUUGUGCACAAUACCUCUGGGAUAUAGUUCUCGUUGCGAACAAAAAUACAUUCAGAAGCGUUUAGUUGCACUAGAAACGAGCGGCCAGACCCUUUACACGGAUUUGUUUUGGAUACCCAGUUGCUGUCAGUGCACGAUAGUCAACAAUAAUUGAAGCUUCAUUUUGUUUUUAAUAAUUUAAUUGUGAUGUAACCGUUGUAAAAUGUUUAAUUUU